CUAUCUGGUAUUGAUCUGUUUUCAAAAGUCUUGAUGUCAUUAUUUACUUGUGUUUUGUACCUAUGGGCCCUUAAAAUCCUCUAUCCGAACACGUUUUUCCUGCUUCGAGGCAAUCAUGAAUGCAGGCAUCUAACGGAAUAUUUCACCUUCAAACAGGAAUGUAAGAUCAAGUAUACGGAAGAAGUUUACGAUGCCUGUAUGGAAGCAUUCGAUUGUCUCCCACUAGCGGCGCUCAUGAAUCAGCAGUUCCUAUGUGUUCAUGGAGGUCUUUCGCCAGAAAUACACACACUGGAUGAUAUUCGACGNAUCGACCGGUACAAAGAACCUCCUCCGGCUGGACCAAUGUGCGACUUAUUGUGGUCGGAUCCGGUCGAAGAGUUUGGUAAUGAGGCAUCCCCUGACCAUUUUUCACACAACACCGUACGAGGAUGUUCUUUUUUCUUUAGUUAUGCCGCAUGCUGUGACUUCUUACAGGCGAACAAUCUCCUUUCGAUUAUCCGUGCGCACGAAGCUCAAGACGCAGGAUACCGGAUGUAUAGGAAGAACGAGGCUACCGAUUUCCCCUCCCUUAUCACCAUAUUCAGCGCCCCCAAUUACCUGGAUGUGUAUGAGAAUAAAGCCGCAAUUUUGAAGUACGAGAACAAUACGAUGAAUAUCCGUCAAUUCAAAUGCUCUCCUCAUCCUUACUGGCUUCCCAAUUUCAUGGAUGUGUUUACAUGGUCCUUGCCGUUUGUUGGAGAAAAAGUCACAGAGAUGUUGGUUAGUCUGCUGAAGAUCUGUUCAGACGAUGAGCUGAUGAAAGAAGGCGACGAACCGUUCGAUGGCGCUUCUAUGGCUGCACGGAAAGAGGUCAUUCGUAAUAAGAUUCGAGCAAUCGGCAAAAUGGCUCGCGUUUUCACAGUGCUCAGAGAGGAAAGUGAGUCGGUUCUGGAGCUAAAGGGUCUCACACCUAACGGAAUGCUACCUUUGGGCGCGUUAUCUGGUGGAAAGGAGUCUCUCAAGAUCGGUAAGCUGUGUUCGUUGUUUGUCCCAGAUUUCUACGUAUGUGUUCAUACAUUGUUUUCUCUUAUCAAUGCAGCUGCCUAG